GCCGACAUGAGCGACAAGAAGCGCAAGAGACACGCCGAAAAUGGCGACCGACCCAAGAAGAAGCCCGUCGUCGCGCCCCCUGCCAACGUCAAGGUCGACGUGGUAGACAACACCGAGGCGCUGGGCCCGCUGCUGGCCGUCAUGCCUGGUCUCGCCAUCCCGCCCAGCAUUUCCUUCAACCCGUAUAAGCGCACAAAAGUGCUGGCCCAAGGCGACAGCACGGAGCUGCUGUUCCAGUCCUCAGAUCACCCUCGCCUGGACUAUACCGCGCAAGAAGAGCGCGAUGGCAGCUCCGAGAGCCAGCUGCAGGACUACAUUGGCGUCUACGACCCGGCAACUAGCAAGCUGCACAUUGUCCCCGUCAAGAGAGUCGUCGUGCGAAGCACACUGCGAAGUGAAACCCAAGAGAUGCAAGCGCAACAAGCGGCACUAGACGCGCAGAGCAACACCACUACGGCCAAGCGAGCUGCCCUCGCCGCAGAGUUCGGGUCCAGGAAGUCCAGAAAGGCUCUCGAGGACCGCACGCUAAACGCCAUCAAGAGCGUCUCUGGGGGCGACGAUGUGGCCGAGAACGUCCUGCAGCAAAUGUCCUCUUCGACCAGCGUCAUGCCGACCGGCCAAGACCUCGCCGCAGCUGUCGACAGCUCCAAGCCCCGACCGAUUCCCAAUCUUGCGGCCGAAUACCCUGGCGACGUCUACCCUAUCAAUGUCGUCGUUGGGACCGACCUGAUGACUAUGCUCGACGUAAAGGACUGGGUGCAGGCAUCAGCAGCUGGCCAGGGUGUCAACGUCACCAGCAAGUACGUCGCAAGGCGCAUCGUCAAACUUGCAAAGAACAAGCAAAUCCAAAAACUAAAGGUUUUGCGCUUUAUACUACUGUGCAUCAACUUCAAUGCCGCCUUGACUGGUGGAGGCGGUCCAAGGCCAAAGAAGAUACCUAUCAAGGGCAAGUUGGAAGCAGUCAUGGGUGAGGAUGUGCCGGCUGGAUGCGUCUCGGCGAUUAGGCGCAAAUUUGCCCCAGAAAGUGGCUCGGAGAUGCCUCGCUGGAAUGUCGACUACCUAAUGACCCACAUUGCGGCAGCAGCCCUCAUCGUCGACGACCAGGCAGUCGAUGUCAACGACCUUCGUGAAGAUCUCAAACUCGAGAACAAGGAAAUCAAGCAGUACUUUGCGGAACUGGGCUGCAAACUCACAGCCCCCACGCAGACGGAUCUCACAAACAUGAAGCUCACAAAGGCUGAAAGUGUCAAUCAUUUCAUCGCCAAGCUCAAGUUGCCAUUGACAUUCCCAAAGGUUGGUGGCAAGUUUAGAAGCAAGUAAUUUAGGAUUGCAUUUGUUAGUUGGUAGUUUGGGCGCUUGGGGUUUACUUAACGUAUCAUCUGGUCAGCACGACAGACGAGUUUGUGGAAUAAAAGGA